AUGGUGACAGUUAAUGGCGCCGUUACCCUCACCGGGGGCUUUAAUUUUACAGAAACGGUCGAUGAAAUUGGAGAUGACAUUCUGAACAUCACCAGCCAAGCCUUCGAUCAAAUUGAAGACUACGUUAAAGAUGUGGUCAAAGAUAUUGCUACUCUAGAUAUCGAAGAUAUUCCAGCUUGGCCAACACUCGAUCUGGAUUUGAAUCUGGAUAACACUACUGGUCUGCCAGGAGCCGAGGUGCAUUUUGAGUUUGACAAUUUGGAACUUUACCUCGAUCUUGACAUCAAAUUGUCAGCUGGUUCUACUUAUACACUGAAUAUUUACUCGUCGGAAAGCCCCGCUGGAAUUGCAAUGCCCGGUCUCACAGUUGGGGCUGUAUUCAGUGUGGACUUAAUUCUCAUUGCGGAGGCUGAGAUUGAUAUUGGAAGCGGUAUCCAUAUCAAGCUUGAAGAUGGUCUGGCUUUUGACUUGGAGAUGUUCAAUUCGAAUGUGUCGAAAAUAUCACUUCCGGGUGGAAUGUAUGAGUUUCUUCCGGUGACAAUAGAGGGCGAAGGUUCUAUACAAGCUCUUUUGAGCUUGAAGGCAAGCCUUGGAAUUGAAGUAUCUUCUAAUAGCAUUGAAGAUGUACUCACUUUCAGUGGUGGUAUUGAGGCUGAUGUUUUCUCUUACGUCGCCGACUUUCUUCUGCAAGUUAAUGGCUCUUCGUCCACCAGUGGUGAGGAGGAUGGCUGCGAAUUAGCUGCUGUUGCUGAGUACACAAUGGCUGUCGGAGCUGCCGCUGGCGCGACGGUCGCUGUCGAUACCUAUGUCUGGGGACCCUCUCCCAAUACGACUGUUCCCGUCUUUUACACUACCUUGGCUAGUAUAUGUGCAGGGGCCAAGACAACCUCAACAUCAACAGCUUCUGCCCAAAUAACUGCUCGGGCAGAGCUUGAUAGGGUAAAUGAUUAUUCCACAACAGCCAUGACCUCAACGGAGUCCUUUACAAUCGUUAACUGUAUUUCUUCUGGACUGAUCAACUGCCCUAUCAAUCUCCAGAAUACUACUUCCUAUCAGCGAGUCGUGACUUCAGAUUUCACCAUUCAAUCAGGAUCUACGGUGACAACUUCUCCGACUGCACUAUCUACGGUCUCCAGUGCUAUAGAAUUUGGAACUAAUGCUAGACGCCUUCUUGCAACAUCUGGGUCACCCACUUCUUAUAUUCCUACAUCUCAUGCCACCUCAACUGGAAGUGGAAGUGGGGAUGGAGGAGGCAGCAUUGUUGAUGGGAAAACCGAUGGAACCAGCAACAAACUUAUUAUUGGAUUGACUGUUGGCCUGGGGGUGCCGUUUCUCGCAGCUCUUCUAAUCGGCCUCGGGUGGUAUAUUCGUAAACGCAACAAAAAUCCUUCCAAUCAUUCCGAACAACAGGCACUUCAACAGGGAUCGCCUGAUACAUCCUAUGAUUCGCCCAAUGAGUCUGCGCUGAUGAAACACAGUCCUCAACAGGGAGAGUAA